AUGUCUGGAAACGAGCGACGGGUGGUGGAUUCGACGCUUCCAACCGCAGAGCCUUCAGAUUCCUCUAUGCCGGAAAUUCCGGGUCCUUCAGGCGAUGCCUCUCAAAACGCAAGAACGAAAAGACGAAGGCGUGCGGCCAACUCGGAUAAUCAGAAGAACCAGAUGUUCUAUUUUGUCGAUUCCAACUCGUCAUCGAAAGAGAAGCGCGCCCAUGUCAUGCGGCACCACGUGCAGGAAAAAAGAAAGCAGCGCAAGUUCUCCCAUGGGAUGGUCCACGAGUCUCCGAAUGACUCUAAGUCGUGGUUGGUGAGAAAGGACUACGAUCCCGAUACAAACAGUGGGAAGGAUAUAUCUUUGGUUGGCACACCGGGUUCUACUACCGAUCCGAACACUUCGCUUCCGAUCCGGUUCUCGAAUGUGAAUCAUAACUCCCAAAUGACAGGCUCCAUGCAAGUAGGCUCCCCCAUCACCACGCUUGAUGCAUCCCGGAAGGAUCCCGUCUCGAGCCUACCAACAGCUCAAACCCCCGAAGAUGAGGAAUUAGUGGAUUAUUGGCACACCAAAUUGACAUACUGGUCUGGACAAAACCCUCACAUCAAGAAUCAAAUCUUCCGCACCGCCAUGCAGCAUCCGCUUUCCUUCCAGGCGUGUAUUCUGCUCUACUGCGCGCGAUGGAAAGCGCAAUUACUUGGCAUUCCCGAUGCGCCAGAGGUCCAACGGCGAGUUGCCGAAGCCCGCAAGCAGAUUGCAGAUGGCCUUACGGGUUCUAAACAGGUACCACCCGACUAUCUGGCCCUGGCUCUGGCAGGUAUCGCCCUCUCAGAAUGGCGGUUUGGCAGUAUGCCAGAAGCUCAGGCCUAUCUGGAACAGGGUGCCCGAAUUAUGCGGCCUCGCACCGGGUCCAAUCUGCCGAUAGAAACUAUGCUUCAUUACGUGCGGCACAUCAUGCCACCGAUCAGUUCGGUAGUUGAACCAUCAGACCGCCACUGGCUGGUCAUCUUUCUCCGAAGAGCGGACGAUCUCAUGCAAAUACACAACAAUCCCGAAUUCCUGCGUGUGACUCCACAGAGACGCGAAGCCUUCCAAAUGGAGAGUCCGUUGUUCCCCUUAUUAUCCAGUGGGCCGCGACCCUCGCAGGUGCCACAUGCGUCCCGCAUGUACGUGGUCCGUGAUCCUCAGACCCAGGAGGUCAGUCGGACUGCGGCCCUCAUCUAUAUUACUGCAGCGCUUUGGGGCUUUAAGGACUCGGUCAGUAAGACCAGACGAUUCCUGAGCUAUCUACACUCGAUGGUCGAGCAUCAUCAACUCGGCCGACACCCCGCCUGUGAGACUCUACUCUGGUUACUGCUCGAACAGGAAUGCGACCCCGACUUACAAAACCCGGAGCGAUCGUGGUCGACGGGCGAGCUGCUCAAGACGCACAGACGGCUACGGCCUGAUCUGCAAUUCCACUUUAAUGAAAUUCUGAUGGGUUUCUUGCACCUGCAUCCGCCAGUCCGCGGCAUUGACGUGUUCGAACAAGAACUUGAGGAGAUUUAG